AUGGCACCCGUGUUAGCCAUUCCCAGGUCGACAGACCUGGUACCCCUCCUGCAGCUCCAGGUCCGCCUGGAUUUCCAGGUCGACCUUUGCGUCGCUAUGAGCAUCCGGCCGAGAACCAAGACUGUCCGCGAAGAACCCAGCAGGGACUUCAUCAGUCCGAAAGGCCAUCUUGGAGUGGCGAGUGGCCGUUCGAUCGAUGCAGAACUCGCUGGAGAACAGACCCGCGACGGGAACGGGCAGCCUGCAGAAGGUUGGGACACUUCCUGGCCGGCAUGGCGGUCAAGUCUGAAGGUGUCCUCCGCAGCGUUGCGCCGGCAUUCGUCAAGAGGCGGGCCUUCUAUUUGCCGACGUCCAGAGUCUGCUCCGUGCAUCAGCUCCCUGCUGAAGCCCAGACCGGCUUCUGUCCUCCAACGACACCCGGCCGGAGGUGAUGAGGGCGAUGUGAAGGAAGAGCAUUCUGUCAGACGAGGAGCAGGUGCGAGGAACGUUGCUUCACAUGUCGGGAAUCCAUGCGAAGAGGAUCCGACCAGUGCAUCGACUUCAGGUGCCACUGUACAGUUCGCUGAUUGGACGAUGUUUGUGAAACAGCUUCGAGGCUACACAGGUGGACCACUUGAGCUCGUCGCCCGUUUGCCGUCCAAGCGCAAUAGCCUGCCAAAGGCAGGCAUGCGCGACAUGCCCUACGUGCUCAAGGAGCCGUAUCCGCCCAUUCCGCUGCAUUCAAACAUUUGCAGCAUCAACGCUUUGAUCGCAUCACGCAGACGCGCAUUGUCGAAGAAUGGCAUCGAUGUGGGGUGUUGA